CAUUUCGCGAACACUGACGGAGAAACCCGAAGUGAACCCCGGAAGCUCCGUCGACACUGGUCCCUGUCAGCCAGCCCGUUGUUAGAGCGAUGUGUUUCUGCCGCUGCGGGUACGGCUGCGUUGGAACUGGAGUUUACCUCAAACGGGACUUCAAAAUGUAUUAAGACGAGAAUCCCAACACAAGAUAUUAGGAAUAUUAAGGUGUCAGCCUACAUGCUAACCUACAUAUGUACUUCAUCCUGAAAGCUGGACCAGGAGGUACAUACCAAAUCAUGUUAUUGUGAGGAGAGAACACAUUAGGUCGGGAUGCAGUCUUCAAACCACCGACUGAGAGAUAUGGAGCAGCACCACCCGCUGCUGUCGGCAGGUGCAGAUGUGGAGACGGGGAGCCUGGCAGCCGGUGUGAUGGUUGGAGGUCCCCACGCUGGCCAUACAGUGGGCAACCGCACACUGUGGUUCAUUCAGGACAGCUGUGGGAUGGUGUGUGCAGGCAUGACCUGGUUCCUGGUGCUGUAUGCUGAAUUUGUGGUGAACUUUGUUAUGCUGCUGCCGAGCAAGAACUUCUGGUACUCGCUGCUGAACGGGGCCACCUUCAACUCCCUGGCUGUGCUUGCACUGGCCUCACAUCUGCGCACCAUGAUGACUGACCCGGGUGCAGUUCCUAAGGGUAAUGCAACCAAGGAGUACAUGGAGAGUUUACAGCUGAAACCUGGUGAGGUCAUAUACAAGUGCCCGAAGUGCUGCAGCAUCAAACCUGAGAGGGCACAUCACUGCAGUAUUUGUAAAAGAUGUAUCAGGAAGAUGGAUCACCACUGUCCCUGGGUCAAUAACUGCGUGGGAGAAAAGAAUCAGAGAUUUUUUGUUCUUUUCACUAUGUACAUAGCCUUGAUUUCUGCCCACGCCCUGGGCCUCAGUGGUAUGCACUUCUUCACCUGUAUUAAAGUCCAGUGGAAUGAGUGCAGUGACUUCUCUCCAGGAGUGUCUGUGCUGCUGCUGAUCUUCCUCUGCCUCGAAGCCAUCCUCUUCCUCACUUUCACAGCUGUAAUGUUUGGUACGCAGAUCCAUUCCAUCUGCAAUGACGAGACGGAGAUUGAACGUCUUAAAAAUGAGAAGCCCACAUGGGAGCGUCGCAUGAGAUGGGAUGGAAUGAGAGCUGUGUUUGGGGGGUCGCCCUCCCUGCUGUGGUGCAAUCCAUUCACAGGCCUACGUCUGCGGCGCCUGAUGCUGUUGACCCAAGGUCGCCGCAGCGGGUCUGAGUUCUCUGUCUGAGAAUGGAGCAGACUGAUGCAGCUCACCAACACUUGACCAUCUCCGAAGCAAGAAUUCUCGUACGGCUUCGGGCUUGGCUGGACCUCUGCUAGCUGAGGCUGUCCUUUGUGUGUGUGGGUGACAGGGGGACGGACAAACGGCUCCAGUGGGACUCUGACAGUUUGUAUUCUCACUCUCACAUGCCGAUGUAGACCCGGCUACUCUGGUCUACGCGAGAACGCUGAACAACUGGAAUAUCGUUUCUAAAAUGAGCAGAUGUUUUGGUUUGUUUGUGUGUUUUUAGAUAAAGCAUGCAGUAUGUAACUCAAGUGAGUCUUUUAUUCCUUGUGAGACCGUCGAAGGUGCUGUAUAAACUCAACUCGUACACCCUCAGUACACGACUGCAGUAGUUUGUUUCCCUUGCUGCGCACAUGAGAUUCAAAAUCAGUGUUUGAAUCUGCAACAUAUCUUUCAUCAUCACUGGACCCCCACAAGUGGAUAUAAAUGGGAAAAUGCUUAAAGUGUUCUAUUGUACCCAGACAAGGGAAUCACAGUCAAGGACAUGCACUACUUACAUGGCACUUGAGAGGAAGUCUGAAUAUGGUGCACAGCGGAUAUUAGAAGUGGAACUGCCUUGAUUUGCAUGUACAACAGCUCAAUCAGUCCCCAUCUCAGCCAGGAAAUGAGGCUCUCACUAUCUUCAAAUGAAUGGACACAAGCCUCAUUCUUAUUCAAGAGGACCUAUCUGUUCAUCCUCUUCGUCAUGUUUUUCCUUCGUUGGGCUGGAAUCGUUUAUUCUUUAGGCUACUCGGGCCAGUAGAAAUAAUUUUUUUAAAUAACUGCUGAAGCUUCUUUAUCUUUCAUCAUAGUAAAAACUGCUCCUCAACAGUUGACCACAAUGACUCACUGCAGAUGACUACUGUUCUUCUGGAUCUUCAUUCGAAUAAAAAAAAAAAUCACCGUUUUGUAUUUGUUAUAGGUACAGUAUGUGUCCAUAACUUUGCCAUUCCACCACUCCGACAUGCUGCUUCACUUGUUAUUAUUUACAAUCAGUGACCCCCAGAACGCUGAUAAGCCUCCCUGUGUUUUCAUAAAGAAGCCAUUCAGGUUGAAAUACUUCGGCUGCUAAAAGACUGAAUGUUAUGAUGUGAUCAUGGUUUUUCUCAUACAGUUUCUCUCCAAGUGUAAAACUCAAGGCUACUUCUAUGUAUAGUUGGAAUCUGUAUCCAAGAAAGGAUAAGAUUUCAUAGCAUUUAAAAAAUAAAAAAAACUUAACUUACCCUCGAGACAGAGCCCAGCUUCACAGAGGGGCUUUGCAUGCUCCUCGGCCACCGAGUGGUGCGACAUUUUUAAAAGGAGAACUUAAAAUCACUGGCACAACCUCCUCUGGCUCGUUGUGAGCUCACUCUGAUCUACAGAGCCAAGCUCCAUUGUGCAGUCAGGAUUAAAAAGGAGCUGCUUGGCUGACAGAGGCAGAGGUACAAGGCUCAUUAUACUAGCUUUAAUAUUGAACAAAGUCUCGCUGGAGCUCAGCAGAUGCUUGCGAGGCCUUUUCCUACUUCACUCCAGAAAUGUCAAGACUGUAACAGCUAGUGGCAGGACAGUGGCACAUACUUUCCAAUGUUAUUAGAACACUUAACCAUGCCUUUUUAAAAGCAUUCAGUCAUGUGAAGCUAGCAGCUUGAAAAAUGUUGUCGCCAUGUUCAUGAAAGUGUUUUCAUUUUGUGACAACUUGUCUCCUGUUUUACUCUGCAUAAUUAAUGGGCCUGUUUGCACUUGGGGAAUGUGGCUUUUUGAAUCUAGAGUUCAGGAUUUGAAGUCCUGACUGAUAAACUGGUAUGGUCAAAUCAAGAUUAUCAAAGUCUCAUUUUUAUGCCAUGUUGGUUAAUGUGCUGAUGCAGCGCCGCAACGAGUCAACUAAUCAAUUAGAUGAUCAACGAAAAAAUUGCCAACUAUUUUGAUAAUUGAUUAAGCAUUUGUUCAUGCAGAAAUGGCAGAACAUGCUGUUUUCAGCCUGCUUUUCUCUGUUUUAUAUCACAUUAAACUGAAUAUCUUUGAGUUUUGGACUUACAUAACAAGACAUUUAAAGACAUCACAGACACUUGGAUGGACAUUUUUCACCAUUUCCUAGAAUUUUAUAGGCCAAACAAUCGAUAAAAUGAUCUACAGAUUAUUCAAUAAUGGAAAUAAUUGUUAGUUGCAGCCCUAUACUGCUGUUUGUUCUAAUCUGUGGUUGCCAGGAGAAGGAACUCCACUGUUUACACAUGAUAAUAUCUGAUGCUCUGUGGGCUUUAUUGUUUUAACGAACAUGCUGUCAUUGGAAUGUAAAACGUAUCUGUAAUGGGACUAAGGGACACAGUACUGAAAGCUAACUGAUAUCAGGGGAUUUUAUUAAUGCUGGCAUCUCGUUUAUCAUGUCAUUCUGCUGGGUUUAUCACCUCAGCAACAGAUGAAAUGCUGGGAGAAUAUCAUUUUCUUAUUCAUCUCAUACUUCUCUAUAUUCAGCGUUCAACAAGUCCUGUAUACCCUAACAUGCUCAGUGUACUUUUCAAUUUAUGAGGUGCAAAAGGAAAGGGAGUCAGGUGCAGCCAAACACACAGCAUAUCUUUAAAAGAUAACUACAGGAAACAAUGUGCUGUUUAGUUCAGCUGCUAAUCAAGCAACAGUUGCAGGUAUUAAUGGCAGAAUUACAUCAAGAGACAAUAAGAGGAAUAAUAAACAAAAUGUCAUUAAAAUAGACGUGACUGUCUAAAGCAGGACUUGAGGUAACAGGCAGGACUAAUACACUGUAAAACUUUUUGUGGUAUUUGUAGGAAGUAGCAGAAAAUCAGCGUUAGUUAUGCAUUGACAAA